CAGACAGCGCCAGUAAAUUUAGCAGCGCGCGCUCAGGUCAGUGCAGCCAGGGUCACGCGGGGACCAGAACUGACCGGACCCGUCCGGGUCGGCUGCACCCGCCUGUAGUACCGAACAGUUCCAAAGCACGCGCGGUCCUUUGACGACCAGCAGGGUUAAAGUCUGGAGAUUUGAGCAGAACAGCGUCUGUUCGUGAGGCGUUCACGGACUGCUCCGUCCUCUGUUCAUUCCACUGCUGUUCUUCCAUAUCUGAAAAUGACUUGAUCUGAGGAGCUCGAUUUGUCCUCACCUGGCCGGGAUGCUGCAGCUGUGUAAGGUCACCAAAGCUCUGUACAUCAGCAACUCCCGCUCCGCCUGCAACGAUGAGCUCAUCCAACAGGAGGCGGUGACGCUCUGCAUCAAUGUGUCCAAGCAGCAGCCGUUUCCCUCCGCCAGAGUCGCCAAAAUGCAGAUCCCCGUCUACGACGACCCCAACGAGGACCUCUACAGCCACUUUGACCGCUGCGCCGACGCCAUCCAGAAGGAGGCCAACCGGGGAGGACGCAGCGUGGUCUACUGCAAGAACGGACGCAGCCGCUCUGCCACCGUCUGCAUCGCCUACCUGAUGAAGCACCGCAGGCUGACGCUGACUGAAGCCCUGCAGAGGGUGAAGACCGCACGCCACGUGAUCGAUCCCAACCCCGGCUUCAUGGCUCAGCUGCGGAGAUACGAAGAGGAGCUGAGGAAGAGGAAGGGAGAGUCCUGAUGGCGAAGAAGCAGAAGCAGCAGGUGAAGCUUCCACUUCAGACGCUCCUCUGAUCCCAAACGAGGAAAACAAAGCCAGAGAAAAGCAACCAUUCAUUCAUUCAUUCAUUCAAUCAUUCAUUCAUUCAAUCAUCCAUUCAUCCAUUCAAUCAUGUUGAGUUUAAUCCAAAAGCCUUUUAGUGUUGGUCAAAGUAAGGAACCAGGCAGAUUUGAUUUUUUCUAUACUUAAUAACAAAAUGAUAUUUGAUUUGGAGCAACAAACUAAAUAUUUUAACAUCAUUUAUGUUAUACUGUCUUUUAAGUUAUUGUUCUGAUGAUUUUUUUUUUCCAUUUAUUGGUCUCCUUUAUUAAUUUACUGUGUCCUGUAAUUCAAAGUAUCACCUCUAGUUGGCAGCAUCUCCUUUAAAAAGAGGCUAAAUAGAAAAAGUUUGUCUAGAAACAAACUGGAGAUUAUCUUUGAUUAAAGCCAACAACCUUACAAAUCACACCAACAUGAAACAAACCUGCUUUCAUUGCUAUGAGCCACUGUGAGAUUAAAGGAUUCUCAUUUUCAAUUGGUGCAACAUCUUGGUGCAACUACUUUAAACUGUGAAAUUAGUGAACAUAAAGACUCAGGGUUAAUGUGCAAAUACAUCUAAGAGUUUUAGCUGCUUUACUCACCAGUGCAGUUUGAGUCUGGAACAAAUAUUUGUGUUUGUGGGGCGUUCCUUUGAAACAAAAGCAAUAAUAUAUUUUUCUUUAGACCACAGGAAACCUCCUUUUGUGAAGAGAAUGAGACCGGGCGAAAUGUGUGUGAUAUAACUCAUGUAACCUUCUUUUAUGUACGGCGUCCUUGAGUUUCUUGAAAGGCACUAUCAAAUCAAAUCCAUUAUUACUAUAAAACAUUUGGGGACACUCAGCUGCUAAAGGUGGCUCUUUGUCUCUGUGUGAUGGCACACUUCUGUAUUCGCUGGUGAAAAUCAAAUAAAGUUCGUGUGCAUCAAUCAA